GGAUUGCGGGCAGAGACUAUAAAGGCGCCGCGCGCGCUGAGCUCUAGUUUCUGUUCCGCGCUCCCGGACUUCUGGCCACGUGCAGCUGUAGCUCCAGCUCCGGCGCCGCAGCAGCGCGGCAUCUCUGGGCGGCUGCGUCGGAAGUGUCUGCAGAGAUCAUGCCGGUCGUUUGGAUGCUGCGGCGGGUUGCCAGCCGGAUGCUACAGAGACCGGCCUGUGGCUGCCAGGCUCCUGUCCUGCCCAGCCGGUUUCUGGGCACCUCCCCUCAGCAGAUUCCAGCGGAUGCCAACUACCACUCUACCUCGUUCUCUGAAGCAGACCAACCCCGCGUCUUAAUUACAGGGGGUCUUGGCCAGCUUGGAGUGGGGCUUGCUAGCUUUUUGAGGAAACGAUUUGGGAAGGACAACGUGAUUCUGUCUGACAUUCGGAAGCCCCCUGAGCACGUCUUCCUUAGUGGCCCGUUUAUUUAUUCCGACAUCCUGGAUUACAAGAAUCUGCGGGAGAUCGUGGUGAACAACCGUGUCACCUGGCUGUUUCAUUACAGCGCUCUGCUCAGUGCAGUGGGAGAAGCAAACGUGUCCCUGGCCAGAGCUGUGAACAUCACUGGACUGCACAAUGUCCUGGACGUUGCCGAGGAGCACGGUCUGCGAUUGUUUGUGCCAAGCACCAUCGGGGCGUUUGGACCUACUUCUCCGCGGAACCCAACCCCCGAUCUCUGUAUCCAGAGACCCAGGACUAUCUACGGGGUGUCCAAGGUCCACGCGGAGCUCAUGGGCGAGUAUUAUUAUUACCGGUAUGGGUUAGAUUUCCGAUGCCUGAGAUAUCCUGGAAUCAUUUCUGCUGACUCCCAGCCUGGAGGAGGAACGACUGACUACGCCGUCCAGAUUUUCCAUGACGCCGUCAAGAAUGGCAGAUUUGAGUGCAACCUGAAACCCAGCACGAGACUCCCGAUGAUGUAUAUUGAUGACUGCCUCCGGGCCACCCUGGAGGUCAUGGAGGCCCCAGCAGAGUCCCUCUCCAUGAGGACUUACAAUGUCAAUGCCAUGAGCUUCACCCCUGCGGAGCUGGCCCAGGAGAUUCUCAAGCACGUUCCAGAAUUCCAGAUCACCUACAACGUGGAUCCCGUCCGACAGGCCAUAGCCGAUAGUUGGCCAAUGAACUUUGAUGAUAGCAACGCCCGGAAGGACUGGGGGUGGAAGCACGAUUUUGACCUCCCGGAGCUGGUGACGACGAUGUUGAACUUCCACGGUUCCGAGAGCAGAGUUGCCCAGGCUAACUGAAGGGGCCGGAGGAAGAGCUCGUGAGUCCUGGGCGGCUGUCCAGGGAAAGUCAAAAUAACCCCGAGAUUCCAGACCCCGAGGAAUCUAGAUGAUGUGGAGUUGAAGGACUAACUGGACUGUUUUCGCAGCUCAUAUGGAACUGCCAGAUGGAGAAUUGACUUGGCUUUAGCGUUUUCUCAAUGCUGUAGGAUUGGUGGCAGGACCUCUGGAGCCUUUGCUGUCUGCCUAAACUUGUCCAAACACACAAAUCACAGAAUGAACACUUAAGUCAUAAUAGUUUUCCAUUUCCUUAGUUAAGAUGAAGGAACCAUUUCCGAGAAGGUACAAGUAUGUGAUGUUUGUAUUAAAUUAAACUUAAAUAUCGCUCCUAAGACUCCAUUAUUCUCUUGACUAAGACCGAAGAUUACAUUUUAAAGACUAUCAAAGAUAAUCUCCCAUUUUAAAAGAAUUCUUUGCUAUCCCAUCAGGACAUAAAAAAUGCCUGAUGUAUUAAUCCCAUGUUCACAACGUUCAAGAGAUUGAUUGAUUGUUGAUUGAUUGAUAGAUUGAUUUUUGGCUGUGUUGGGUCUUCGUCGCCGCGUGCGGGCUUUCUCUAGUUGCGGCGAGCGGGGGCUACUCUUCGUUGCGGUGCACAGCCUUCUCCUUGCGGUGGCUUCUCUUGUCGCACAGCACAGGCUCUAGGUGCAUGCGCUCAGUAGUUGUGGCUCGCGGGCUCUAGAGCGCAGGCUCAGUAGUUGUGGCACACGGGCUUAGUUGCUCCGCGGCAUGUGGGAUCUUCCGGACCAGUGCUCAAACCCGUGUCCCCUGCACUGGCAGGCAGAUUCUUAACCACUGCACCACCAGGGAAGUCCCUGUUCAAGAGAUUUUUAAUGUGUCAAAAAUGAUCACUUCUAAUUUAUUUGUCUGUAAGAAGAUAUACUGGUAGGAAACUAAGAAUAUCAAGAGAUGAUCUAGGGGACUUCCCUGGCGGUCCAGUGGUUAGGACUCCACGCUCCCAAUGCAGGGGGCGCGGGUUCAAUCCCUGGUCAGGAAACUAAGAUCCCAUAUGCCACACAGCGUGGCCAAAAAUAAAUAAAUAAAAUUUUUAAAAAAGAAAAGAAAGAAAAGAGAUGAUCUAACGAGUAAAGGGGAGCACCUCUUACUUUAAUUGCCUUCCUGUUGGUGAGCUGAGGGGUGGUGACCGGGACUGUGAUCCCUUACCUGCCAUGUCAGCCUCCGGAGGAGCUUGUCUAAAUAUACAGGUUUCUGGGCUGUACCCCUUCAGGUGGAUUCAAUUGAUAGAGAUGGGAAUCUCGAAGGACCACUGGUUAUUCUCUUCCAGCUUCGGCCCCCUAAUUUAGACUAAUCCCAAACACGAUUUUCUAAAGACAGCUUCCUUACUACAGCCUUUCUAUACACUCUUAGGUGAGCCUUCAGAAAAGCUACGCUAACCCUCUGAAGCAGUUACUGUCUAAAUAUAUAGACUUACUUUCUCCAGCUACCUCAGGAUGUGCUGCCCCUGAAAUCACUGGAAAGUGAAACUCCAGUCAGUCGAUCACGGAUCUCAUGGACACAGCUGUCAAGGAUUAAAAGGCAUUUCUGCUAUCUGCUUAAUGACAGUGUUACGUAUUUGGAACUUGUAACUGCUCGAUAGAAGCGUGAAUUGUUUUCUUUUGAGGCGUAAUUGGAUUUGAACUUCUAGAUAAUUAUUUAAUAGUUAUGUUGAUACAGUUUCCUUCGCUACUUAGUAUAAUUAAGCUUACAUUUGUACGUUUGAUUUGCUACAACCAAACAGCUAGUGUUAAGGUCUUUUUUUUUCUUUUUACAACUUUAUUGAGAUAUGUUUCCCAUACCAUAAAAUUCACUCAUUUAAAGAUUGCAGUUUGGUGAUUUUGCAGUGUAUUCAGAAUCGUGCAACCGUCACUAUAAUCUCAUCUUAGGCCAUUUCAGCAUCUCACAAAAAAUCCUUCCCCAGCCUACACCACUGCUAAUUUACUUUCUGUGUCUAUGGAUUUGUCUUUCUGGAUAUGUCACAUAAGUGGAAUCAUACAAUAUGUGGUCUUUUGUGAGUGGCUUCUUUAAUUUAGCAUAAUGUUUUCAAGGUUCAUCCGUGUUGUAGCAUGUGUCAAUGCUUUAUUUCAUGGCUAAACAGUGUUCCAUUGUGUGAAUGUACGACAUUGUUUUGUCAGUUCAUCAGCUGAGAAAUGUUUAGGUUAUUUGCACUUUUUUUAGUUUUUAGGAAUAAAUGCUGUUAUGAAUA